ACACCAAGUUGGACUAAAAAUGGCAAGCUCUCUUCCUCUCGAAACGGUCAUGGCCUGUCCGGGACUAGACAGCAGGACAGGGGCCACUGCUGCACCGAAGGCCCUGGCUUUCUCCAUCGACAGGAUCAUGUCCAAGACUUCGGAACCAAAGGGCUCGUCGGGCGACCGCCGAGGACUGGAUGUCUCCGAGGGCAAAAAGAUGGUCGGCCUUUGCUCUCCCAUACCCUGCAUGAUUCCCAUCCAGCAUUUCGGCUACGACCUGCAAGCCAAGGCGCUAAUGAACUACUCCGAGUUGUGGAAAGCUAAUUUUCGGGGCACGCUAUGCACUUCUGCCGGAAUGUGCAAAGCCAACUGCGGGAUGUGCGGCAAAACAGACUCGGGGUUCAAGCACUCCUUGCUCCCGGGUGCCAGAGUGAUCAAACCCCAAGUCAUUCACCAAGCCGUGGCGAUGCCAACGAACGGUUCUUUGUACUAUUUCAAUUAUUUGGACUCUGCAUAUCACCAGUCAGAUUUGCUAAGCGGACAUUUGUUCUCAUCUGCCUUGGCUAACUCACAGGCGCAAGCUUCCCUUAGCGCACACCACAAACUUCUGCUGUUGGAGAAUGCAAAGCUGGCUAGCACAACUGCGGACAAAUUCCCGACACCGCAGUACCCACAUAAAGAGCACCUUCCGGGACAACUGGACCAGAUUGUGAAAGAGAACCACACCUUGGUGUCGGAGAAAAACGGAGCGAAAGCGCACAAUAAAGCCAAUAAUUGCGCAGCGGACGGGAAACCCAAAAACUUCACUUGUGAAGUAUGCGGAAAGGUGUUUAAUGCCCACUAUAACCUCACGCGUCACAUGCCGGUACACACGGGUGCACGGCCGUUUGUGUGCAAAGUGUGUGGAAAGGGAUUCCGCCAGGCGAGCACAUUAUGCAGACACAAAAUCAUCCACACGCAGGAGAAACCACACAAGUGCAACCAAUGUGGGAAAGCGUUCAACAGAAGCUCAACCUUAAACACUCACGUCCGAAUCCACGCAGGAUACAAACCUUUUGUCUGUGAAUUCUGUGGCAAAGGUUUUCACCAAAAAGGAAACUACAAAAACCACAAGCUGACGCACAGCGGAGAGAAGCAGUUCAAGUGCUCCAUCUGUAACAAGGCCUUUCACCAAGUCUACAACCUUACUUUCCAUAUGCAUACCCACAACGACAAGAAACCCUUCACCUGCGGCACGUGUGGCAAAGGCUUCUGCCGGAACUUUGACUUGAAAAAGCACAUAAGGAAAUUGCACGAUAAUAAUGUGAUAAUUGCGGGAAACGAUUCUUCCAGAGGACUCCCAAGCUGA